AUGGCGUACGAUUUCGUCCCAAAAUCAGCGUACACUACACUUUUCUAUUUAUUCCUAUCAAUUUCCUCAAUUCUAUACUAUUCAAUGUGCUUUUUGGCGAAUUUCGGUGCACAAAAAUCGCAUUUGUUUUGGCUCACCGAACAUUUUCUAUGGCGAGUUUGCCUAACUCAAUGGUGCAUUCUUGCGAUUUUCGGAGCAGUAUUCUGGCGAAAAAUUCGAAUUCUCUAUCUUUAUUUGGCGGUUUUGGCCGGGAACGGAACUAUGGUUUUGUGGAUUUUGAAAAUCCAACAAUUUUUGGAUGGAAGAAUUGAUUUGAGUGAGUUUUUUUCAAAUUUUAUAUAUUUUUAGUCUAAUUAAAAAAAAGUGUAAUCAAAAAUUUAAAAAAAUCCCAAUUUUUCAGUGAAUAUUCACCUCAACCUCAUCUCCCUUCUAUUUUUCUUCGCAAUUCUUCACAAUUUCACAACCUUCUACAUUUUUCAUCGAAAUUUGGCUAAAAACAGCAAAAAAAGUGCGAUAAUUUAUUAUGUCUAA